AUGGCCACCCUAAUCGAGGUUCUAUCCCGUUUGACUUUACCACCGUCCAACAAUAACCAAAAUAUCUCCCAACCAUCAAGUUCAAGUGGAAUCCCAUCUCAACCACUUCCAAAUCCUAAGGGUAGCCUUAAUGCUAUUACCUUAAGGUCUGGCACUAUACUAGAGGAGAGGAUUCACAAAAAUUCAACUGAAAAGGAGGAAGCUCAUGAGGAAGAUAUUGUUGAGAUAAAAGAUAUGGGUGAAGAGGAGGUACAUGAGGUUGUUGAUGAGGAAAAAGAACAAGCAAAGGCUAAGGACUCCGAAAAGAAAGAUGAUGUAGAAGAAGCUAUCCCCAUUCCAUUUCUAAUCAUAGCAAAGAAGGCUAAGUGA